CAUACGCACACGCAUAUCGGUUGUUAUGCACGUACGUGACCUGUAGCAACCACUUACGCACACACACACAAACUAACGCGCCGUGGGAGAUACGUCGUCGAUCACGUUGCAGAGAACCAUUGUGCCUACACGCCACGGUUACUCGUUAUCAUUCUGGCAUACGUUAAUGACCUCAUCGCCGACUUGGUUUUAUCUUAUCAGUUGAAGCAAGCGAAGACACUAUCUUUCUUCUUCAUCGGUGAACACGCUCCGUUGGCCUCAGUCAGUAGUUCUAAAAAACCCGUCCGGUAGUAAGUCGUCUUUUCUAGCGUUUCAGAAUUCAAUCCAGAGUUCAACAGCGAGUGAGUGUGGUUGGGCCGAGUGAAGCUGUUUCCCGAGACAACACUACAGCAAUCAACCGUAUCGAGCAAAGAUGGCCUCAUCUUCAUCAACGCCUACCCUCAAAUCGUGUAUUCCGCUACCGCUCGACGAGGCGCAGCUGAUCGAUGUAGUGGAGAAGGCGAAGGACUGGGCACUGAUGCACGGUGCAGCGAUGCGCUCGAAGCAAAAUUUUAACCCGGAUGCACUGCAGUUCGCGCCAUUCAUCCUGACGCCGUCGUCGUUUCCUCGGGCGGAAUUUCAGAAGGCAGUUCGUCUGCAACCCGUCCUGAAUGAGCUUAUCCAUGCGGUUGCCCACGACAGCCAGUUUCUGCUCGACACGCUCAAGUCGACCGAAAAGGUGGACGAGUUUACGCGCGGGCUCGUAGAUAUUUACCGCACGGUGCUAUCGGAAGGAAUCGCACAGACCCUUACGCUCGCACUGCUCCGGUCUGACUAUUUGCCCAACUUUUCGGACGCCAUCAAGCAGGUGGAGAUAAAUACGAUCGCCUCCAGCUUCGGCGGCAUCUCCACCAACAUUACACCGAUGCAUAGUUUUUCGUUCAUCCUAAGUCACUCCUCGCUAGAUCAUGCUCGUUCUCCCCAUUUUUCGUUAUCGCCUCAAGGGAUGAGCCUCGCCUGUAAAUGUACACGCAUCCCGCCGUUCGACUGUAUCCUGCUUAGCACCACCGAAACGCUCGCUUCCAUUCCUCUCCAUUUGAUGGAUUAUUAUGACCUAUUGGUACCAAAAUAAGUGAAAUGCAUUCAAGAUAAGUUUGCAUUUGAGCAUGUCGCCCCGGGUACUGGAGCACGCUACGGAAACUACAACUGCAUGGUGCAUGACGUAUGCUUGGAACGCAUUGCUACAGGCACUAUCACGUUGGAAGGCCAAACGACAAAGACCUCGAAGAUCGCCAACAGUAGUAGCUCGAAUCGAGGACCAGUAUUACACAUGGUUUCUCGGGUAGAACUCGGUAGUGCAGCAGCUCCGUAGAUUGACCCUCUGGUAGAUGUAUGGUUUGAGAGUUAGUAAGAAAGUAGAGGCAGUUUACCCGCGGUUAUUAUUUAGUUUCGGGACUGGCGGACCAUGUAGUUCUCUAAUGUAAACUAGCUUCUUCUAUCCUCCCCUGCUCUAGUAACUCCAGUACCGUUUCCAGUUCUCCGAUUCCGAAUCGUUACGUCCUCUAUUCACACUAUCUCUGUCAUCCCUCCCCCCCCCCCCCCCCGCCCCUUACCCCUCUUCGGGGUCGGCGUGAAGACCAUCUGAUUUAAUGUUCCCCCUGGAAUUUUGGCUUCCGCUUUCCGCUUACCGUGCUUUCAGCAAUCAUACCGAGUGCAUGCGAAUGGCAUCCAAAACUGCACGGUAGGCUUCAAUCGACCUGGUUCUAUUAUGUAUCACACACCAUAGCAGAACGACACACAAACCAACGCAUGCUCCAUUGUUUCACCGACAGCAAAUUUUGUUCGCGACUGGCUACAAAAGUUCUGAGCCUUCAAAUUUUUUUUUGUUGUAUUUGUUUUUCUCUUAACUAAACUUAAGUGUGUUUAGUGUAAGUUUUUUUUUUACACUAAGUAUUAAUAAACUUUAGUGUAAAAAAAACUUAUACUAAAGUCUUGCUUUUAAACGCACCACAACUCUGUGGGCAGCAGAUUGUAGUCACGCGUUUUCGGAACUGCCAAUUGUUGUUGGGCAGUGAUGGAAUCCUUUCGAGGAGCUGUCCGCUGCCAAACCCUUACAGUCGUACGCACUUCAAGGCUAAGAACUUUCUCAAUGAGCCUCGAUAUACUUUAUAAUAAGCAUGCUGCUGGAUGGCCAUCCCCGUUUCAUCGCUCAUUCGUGUUGUUGAUGUUGUUGUUGUGCAGCAUUUGAGGCUCUCUCGAUACCUGUCAUUCCGAUCUUUACACCUUCACCAAAUCAUUGUACACUCUACUGAUCUGUCCUGUAGCACCCUCCCUUUUCAACUCCCUAAUGUACUGCUCCCCUCCCUCCCUAUCCCCACCUGCCCUCUUUCAUCUUUUCUUUUCCGUCCCCUCUUGCCUUUGGCGCGUUGAUUUACGUUUCGUUUCCUUUCUUCAAAUUCGCGUGAAUCACUUGGACGUGCGACGGAUCGCCAAAAUGCUUU